CUCCUUCCAUUUUUACUGCAUCUAGCAUUUGAUCAACAUGAAAUCAUCUCUGACUCUGCUGUGUCUGGUGGUAUGGGUGAAUGUGGAUGCUUCAUCAGCUCAGACUGAGUAUUGUGGUAAGCCUGAGGGUGAAGGGAGGAGAAUGCUGCCGAUUCCUGAUCGAGAACGUUAUGAAAAUGGGGACCAAGUGGAGUAUGGAUGUCUUGCAACUUGUAAGAACGGAGAGUGGGAUAAGACCUUCAAGGGCAAAGAUUCCUGUAGUAAACCUGAGGGUGCAGACACCAGAAUGCUGCUGAUUCCUGACCGAGAGAGAUAUGAAAAUGGGGACAAAAUAGAUUAUGGAUGCCUUAGCGGCCCAAACAGAGGCUCAAGAGGAAAAGCAACUUGCAAGAACGGAGAGUGGAGUAAGACAAUCGAGUGUCAAGCAAGCUGUCCUGAUCCUCCUCCCAUUACUAAUGGAGAUUUCACCAAGGAAAAGAGAGAUGUUGAAGGUGUAAUUACAGAGGUGUCCUACCAAUGCAGCAGACAGUUUACACUGAGUUCCAAAGGCAGCAUCAGAUGUCUGAAUGGAAAAUGGCCGAGUCCUCCAAAGUGUUUAUGGCAAUGUGAGAUUUCCACUUUUGAUGCAGAGUACAAUCUACAGAAUUUACCCAAGAAACAUAAUAUUGCGCACGGUGAAAAAAAGACUCUUCAAUGCAAAGAGGGAUAUUACCAUAAAUUGAAACGUUAUUCACCAUGGAAUAUAGAAGAAAUUGAGGUGAAGUGUGAUGAUGGAGAGUUACAGUAUGGAGAACACAUACCUAUAUGUAGCCAUCGUUAUUCAUAGGUAGAUGAUGAACAUAAUGGAGUCAUGAUGUUUGGUCCAUCAAAUGCAAGAAUCCUUACAAAGACGUCUUUAUGUGCAAGGAGAACAUAUUUGCUUUUGUUGUGUCGUUGUCACUUGUUUAAUUUAGGUUUAGAAAAAAUGUGAGCCAUCCAGUAAUGGAGCACAUGAGGUGUAUUUUUCAUCAUUUGACUUUGUACCAUUGUAACAAAAUAACAGUAUCUUUCUAAUCAUCAGUCUCAGCUUCACUAUAACAGUACAGCUAUCUAAAGCUAGACUAAAAUGGUACAUUUGUUGUAUUAGUACAAAGAGAUGUGAUUGUGUGAACAUUCUAUCAAGUUUAUAAAUUGCCUGGCUGGGCUGAUGAGGCAGUGGAUUGCGCAGUCAGUUGGAACAGAGUAAAUAGGCAUUUUAAAGUCAUAGAUUUAGCCGGUGGUAGCUUGUGGAAUAGGCACCGGCUGGAAUGCGGUUUUAACCAAUCAGCAUUCAGGAUUAGACCGACACGCUCUAUAAUGUGUGAAUAUUCUCCUGUAUCUCCCAGCUGUGUGAUUCAUUACCUCAAGGUGUAAUAUAAGUGAACAACUGUUAUGAUUGUAAUUGACCUUAUCAAGACAAUAAAGCUGUGGAAAAGAGAUGA